UGAAAAGACUUGAGAAGUGGACUGUUUGCUCCUCCAAACGUCCACCCAUUCACACUCUGCACCAUACAAAACUUUAGCUUUUCCAACCCCUUUAAAACCCAACCCCUCCGGCAGUCCAUAUUCCAAACUCAUAUUACACACACACACACACACACACACACACACACAUAUAGAGAGAGAGAGUUCUAAACUGCUAUAAGUAAAAUGGCCUGCAAUGUUUCAGGAGGAGUGACUACUUUGUUUUUCUCUGUCUUGAUGUUGGGUUUGAUGAGUGGUUGGUCUGAAGCUCAGAAGGACGUUCCUGCUAUGUACAUAUUUGGUGACUCGCUGGUGGAUGUUGGCAACAACAAUCAUCUCAAGCUGUCCCUUGCUAAAGCCAAUUUCCCACAUAACGGCGUUGACUUUCCCGGCAAAAAACCAACCGGACGAUUCAGUAACGGCAAAAAUCCGGCAGAUUUUCUAGCUGAGAAAGUGGGGUUAGUGACUUCACCACCAUAUCUAUCUCUACGAAAAUCGAACAACAGCAAGGCAUUCCUCACCGGUGUUAGCUUUGCCUCUGGGGGUGCAGGAAUCUUUGAUGGCACAGAUGCAGUCUAUCGACAAUCAAUCCCUUUGACACAACAAGUAGACUACUAUUCAGUUGUGUACCAAGGGGUAGUGCAACAGCUAGGAUCUGCCGGUGCACAGCAACAUCUGUCAAAAUCUGUGUUUGCCAUUGUGAUCGGAAGCAAUGACUUACUGGGCUACUUCAAAUCUGGCUCUGAACUUCCCAAGAAAAACACCCCACAACAAUAUGUUGAUCAUAUGAUUCUCACCCUCAAACUACUGUUGAAGAGGAUGCACAACCUCGGUGCACGUAAAUAUGUAGUUGCCGGGAUCGGAAUGAUCGGAUGCUGUCCAGCACAGAGGAACCAGAACAAGACUGGGAAUGGAGAAUGCAAUGAAGAAGCAAACCAUUGGUCUCUUAAGUACAAUGAAGGCCUAAAGUCAAUGUUGCAAGGACUGAAGUUGGAGCUCAAGGACAUUAGCUACUCCUAUUUUGAUGCAUACACUGCCUUUCUUAAUUUUAUUCAAAAACCAGCAACUUAUGGAUUCAAAGAGGUUAAAUCUGCUUGCUGUGGAUUGGGGGACUUAAAAGCUCAGGUUCCAUGUGUACCAAUUGCCUCCUAUUGCUCCAACAGAAAUGAUCAUCUUUUUUGGGAUCUAUAUCAUCCCACAGAGGCAGCUGCUAGAUUUUUAGUGGAUUUAAUUUUCGAGGGUUCAAAAGAACAAGUAUUUCCUAUGAAUUUGAAGCAGCUAAUUGCCGUGUAGACCAAGUAAUACAAACAAGCAAUGCAUAAUUAUUAAUUGUCUUCCCUGUAUUAAAAUUUGUAACAAUAUCUAAGAAGCUUUGCAGUUUUACCCUCCAAA